UUGGACAUUUACUGCUGAGCUUUUAGAUAACACUAAAACUCUUGUUUAUAUAGCUGUGUAGGCAUGAUUUUGGUCUCAUGAGUGGAAGGUAAUGACAUAGGCAGUGACAUCACUGCCUCAUAAUAAAACAACUCGGACCCUUUUCUAUUUUGCAGAACUUACUCGGAAACAUGCGUGCUAUGUUCCUGUUCUGUCUGCAAUUGCAUUAAUAAAGGUUUUUGAAUGAUUUAAUUAAAGAUAUUGUCUGAAUGCUAAUUUCACCAAUGAGCCAAUGAUUGACAAGGAACAAGGAACGAACCCCAAAAGAAUGAUAUUGAGGAACAAGCUGUGCUUACAAACAUUCUGGAGAUACCUUCCUUGAACAUACUUGAGCUACGGAUCAAAAACCAACAUAAACUGUUAACGGUUAAGGCAGUAUUUUCAUACUGCAGUCCAUUGAAGGUCUGGAGAAAGAGACUAGUAGCCUCUGUUUUGGACCCUGGCUGUGACCCCAUUCACCCUAGGGUUUCUUCGGGAGAGUUGGGAUAUGCAAGAAACACAUUUCCAAUUCACACAUGCAUGAAAUAGGACAAAUAUAAGCACCCGCCAAAUUAUCAUAAAUUAUUUCUUAUCUGUCAUUGUAUGGACACUUGGUGAAGCAGCAAAGCUCUCUACAUGGACCCUAUGUAUAAAGGUGAGAUUCCCACAUUUAACAUGUUUUUGGUGCGAUUGUGAAUACAAUACAAGAAAUUUGCAUUUUGCAGCGCAGAUAAUGGGUUUGACAGGAUGAAUUGAACAGGGCUCUGGGUAGUUCCCUCAUCAACACAACAAGUUAUUGUCUGUGUCUUCAUCCAUAGGUGGUGCCUUGCACCAGAACCCCUUCCAGCCAUGAGCUAAGCCUUCCCUAUCCUAGGCAUCCUGGGUAGGAUGACGGCUGUGUGCCCCGCUGGGGUGGGACCUGCUGGGGCUACAGUGGGGUGCUCCAGGGGGUCUGGGGCUGGGGUUUUGACUGGGAGCACAGCGGGUCAGGACAAGAGAUACGCACGCUGGAGCCGCUUGGAGAGCUCGGACAUCACUACAGAUGACGAGGGGGUCCCUGGCCACCGCAUCACCCCCCUGGAGAGGCUAAACCUGGACAUGUGCCAGGAUGACAGGUAGGGCAAGGAUGACAGGUAGGGCCAGGACGACAGGUAGGGCCAGGACGACAGGUAGGAGCAGGAUGACAGGUAGGAGAAGAAUGACAGGUAGGAGAAGGACGACAGGUAGGAGAAGAAUGACAGGUAGGAGCAGGAUGACAGGUAGAGGAAGGAUGACAGGUAGGAGCAGGAUGACAGGAGCAAGACAAUGCUCUCUAAGAAAAAAACAUGAAAGAAGAUUAAUUCCCACAUGUAUUGUUAUUCUGGAUCAUUUGUAAGGGCUGUUUAUUUUAUUAACAGGGUGGUCCGUGAGCUUACCUUGGGCCGGCGUAUCAGCUUCUACAAGGUCCGUGGAGAGAUCGGCUGUGGAAACUUUUCCCACGUCAAACUGGGGAUCCACGCCCUCACAAAAGACAAGGUGGCCAUUAAAAUCCUGGAUAAGACCAAGCUGGACCAAAAGACCCAGAGGUUACUAUCCAGAGAGAUAUCCAGCAUGGAGAGACUGCAACACCCCAACAUCAUACGCCUUUACGAGGUGGUGGAGACAUUGUCACGGUUACAUCUGGUGAUGGAGUAUGCAGGCGGAGGCGAGCUCUACACCAAGAUCAGCUCAGAGGGGAAACUGUCCGACAUAGACAGCAAGAUCGUCUUCUCUCAGAUCCUCUCAGCUGUCAAACACAUGCAUGACAACAGCAUCAUCCACCGUGACUUGAAGGCAGAGAACGUCUUCUACACCUGCAGCACCUGUGUCAAGGUGGGAGACUUCGGAUUCAGCACGCUAAGCCGCCGCGACGAGACUCUCAACACCUUCUGCGGCUCCCCGCCCUACGCCGCGCCAGAGCUCUUCCGGGACGAACACUAUCUGGGCAUCUUCGUAGACAUCUGGGCCCUGGGCGUCAUGCUGUUCUUCAUGGUGACAGGAAGCAUGCCCUUCAGGGCGGACACGGUUGCCAAGUUGAAGCGCUGUAUUCUGGAGGGGGCCUAUGUGCUGCCCUCCUGGAUACUGGAGCCCUGCCAGAGGCUGAUCAGAGGCAUCCUCCAGCCUCAGCCCUUAGAUCGCUGCAGUGUAGAGCAGAUAAUGGGCUGUGAGUGGCUGCUGAGUGUAGACUUCCCCCGGGCCAUGGAGCCCUUUAAACUGGACCCGUCCUAUCUGGCCGAGAGCACACCUUCAGAGUUGGAGGAGGAUGAGGCUGAGGUGAGGGGGGCACUGGAGACACUAGGGAUCACCACGGAGCAUAUCUUGAAUAAUCAGGGGAAGGACUGUAGGAGUUCUAUAACAGGUGUUUAUAGGAUUCUGUUGCACCGUGCGCACAAGAGGCGGGCAGUGGAGAGCAUGCCUGCGGUUACGCAUGUGGUCGGGGCCAGAGUGAGUAAAAAGGACCGGCUAAAGGCGUACCGCAGCUUACGGCACACCUCCAAGCUCUGUGUGAUACUGUGAUGAAAAGCCUUAAGUCCUAUAGUUGAACUUUAUUGUAUUUUUUUGUCAAACGAUUAGAAUAUAUGUUACUGUGAAUGAGGAAUGAGAUGGUGAAUUUGAAAUCAGUUUGAUUUCUGCCUUGAAUGUUGAUCGGGAAAACAUUCAUCGCAGAUACGCUAAGAAAAAAGAAAGAAAGAAAAAGCUAAGAAAAAGUUUUAAAGUUCAGAUUCAAGUGAGUAUUUGUCUUUGUGAGAAUAUACUUUAGCCUGGGUGCCAGUCUUUCCCUAAUUUAUCUCACCAGAAAAGGAAAACAUGUAACAUAUGGUUAUCCAGCAGACAUUUUUCUCCAAAGGAACCUGGGCGAUUCCAGCAUUAUGUUCAUAAUACUUGCUCACAAAAUCACAACUUAAAUGUCUCACAGAAUGGACAAACUAAAUAUAAAUACAAUUUUGAUGUGUGUGUCUAUAGUACCCACCAGGGGGAAUGUAAUCCCCCAAAAAUUGACUUCUAAAUAUUAGCAUGUUGGAGAAAUAAAGCAAAUAAGAAGUGUUCUGGAUGUUACAUGAAAUGCACAACCCACUGGGUACAGACAUCAAUUCAACAUUUAUUCCAUGUUGGUUCAAAACCAUUUCUUUGAAAUGAUGUGGAAACAACAUUGAUUCAACCAGUGUGUGCCCAGUGGUAAACUUCUUGGAAAGAUUAAACACAUUAGCAAAAUUCUGUGAGUUUGUAAGUCUUAGGUCAAAACAUGGAUGGCCAUUUUGAAGGAAAGGUUUGGCUGAACAUAAAAACAAUAAUUUUUAAAAGAUUGCAAUUUUCAUGAUUACCUUAGGGUGGAAAACGUAUCAUUGUGGAUGUUACAGAGUCUGAAGAAGACAUUCAAAUCUUAAAGAUUUCUUGAUCAAAAUCUAUCCCAACACAUUUGUUGUAAUUUGGAAUGUUUUUAAAAUGUCAGCAGAAGGCAUAGUACAUUGGGAUUGCGUAAUUACAGGUAGCUUGAAUAGUAUAGGCAGCACCACACCCUAAAGGUAAUUAUUUUAAGGUAGUUUAAAAUAAUUACCAGAACUACCUUAAAAUAAUUACCAGAAAGGUAAUUGUAUAUAUAUAUAUAUACAUACAGUACCAACCAAAAGUUUGGACACACCUACUCAUUCCAGGGUUUUUCUUUAGUUCGACUAUUUUCUACAUUGUAGAAUUAUCAUGAAAACUAUGAAAUAACACAUACGUAUUGACUCAUGUCGUAUGUUAAAACAAUUUUAACAAAUCAAAAUAUAUUUUACAUUUAAGAUUCUUCAAAGUAGCCG